AAGAUCCACACACCUAUAGAUAAAAUUAAAUUUAUUAAAGAACUAGUCGAAUCGAUUUCAACUUCCUCUACGCUAUACACAUAUACUUUAUCUCAACCUGUUGGUAGGGGUACAUAUAAUGAAAGGUAUUUAUACAUUUAUAAGAAGAAAUAUCGAAGACAUUCUGAAGUGAGGAUUACUUUUGUUGGAUGUCAUACAAACCCCAAAAACAUGUAUGAUAAAGUACGAGCAUUGGUAACUGAUGUCUAUUCUUUUGUAAAAGAUGAGGUGAUAAAAUUGGCAAAUGAACGAACUAAGAGUAAAAAACUAUUUUCUAUGGAUGAUUUAAUAUAUGCAUUUGAUAAUCUUAAUAU